ACUACAUAAAUAUUAUUCUACUUUUCUCUACAAUUAAUAAACGAAAAUAAAUUUAAAUAUAACACAUUUUACAAAAAUCUGACCAUAAUUCCUUUGAUGAACCAUCGGCGUUGGCGGCGGCUGAAAUAUUGACCGUUCGUAACGUUGGAUUAGUUGUUUUUUCUACAUUUAGUCCAUCUUAAGAUACAUUUAUCAGACCAACAAAGGAGUAGUAAGUUUACAUUUAUAUUACAUUUAAUAACAAUGUUAAAUGGAGUUUAAUUAUUACAAAUCGAGUUAAUGUAUUAAGUCAUUUGCAAAGCCACGCCAUGCCCAGCCAAGGAGCUAGCUAGGCCAUAAAGGAAGUUCAUAGACGUCAUGAUGAAUCCAAGAGUGACAUGAUGGUUUCACGCAGUUUUGUCUUUUACCCAUUAGUGGAAAGAUUGCAUGACGCCACUGUCCAUUGUUUUAGUAGAAUUUGACAGUAUCAAACAUCCCCUUUCCAGGAAAUAUCCAUUCUCCUAAUAUUGACAAUAUAUUUAAUAAAUUUUAACAUUUAAAAACUAAGGCAAAGGUGUCUACUCUGGAAGUGUAAAGUGUAAGUAUUUAUUAAACUGUAGUAGUACUGUAGGUACUUCGGUAAGUCAAGGGAGACUACUACUUUUUGUGUAUGGGAUUUCGCAAUCGGCGCCAAAAAAUCCGAGUUUUUAAUUUUCCGAUGUGUGUGUCUAUUUAUUAUUAAAUUAGUACUUUCGAUAUGUAUUUGAGUUCCGUUUUCGGCCUUAUAAUUAGGUAGACAUCUUGGCCUACAUUUUAAUCAAUUUCUUUUUCAUUUACAAUCAGUCAGCUUUGAGAAAAUCCUUGGUAAAUAUAAGGCAACUUUCAUCAUUAAAAUUAAGUCGAAGGAAAAAAUUUGUCACUACCAAAUUUUUUUUGCAUCUGGGGAAUCUAUUGAUCUACAUGUAUGCCAAUUUUCACAGCGAUAAGUGUCUUACGAGAGACGCUAUGUUUCUGCGCGUUCGCAGCAGGUCAUGCAGCUCGCUCAACCUAAUUUCGCCAUGGGGUUGGCCACGCCCCCUUUUUAAUGGCGGAAGUUGCCGAUACUUAGGAAAUAUUAAUUUAUUACCACUAUUUACAUCAAAAUAUUUGAUAACUUGUGUUUCAGAAUGCAUUUUGAAGACAUUUAAACUGGAAUGUUUUAAUUUGAGCUUUAACAACCCGGUAGAAUCCAUAUUAUAAAUGAUCAGAAUUUACCGUGUGCAACACGUUGUCAUUGGCAACCAUUCACAGCCACUUGCAUAACGGCUGUAUCGUAGUACUACCUCAGAGUUUCAUUCAUAAGAGUUUGCCGUGUGCAAAAACUACUAUACCAUUGGUCAGGGAAAGCUUUAAUUAAUUAUUCAUGUGCCAAAGUUGAAAGUUUAAACUAAGUCGACCCUAAACAGUAUUUUAGUGAUAAGGCGAUGCGUUGCCUUAUAUAAAGUAUAUAGUCAUGACGCGAUCAGCGGAAUGAGGUCACAAGAUGUGGAGGUUUCGUCCAUAGUAAAAAAUACCAAACGAACUCACACUUUAAAAAUUCAUAGCUCAAAAAGUACUUAAGCUAAAAAGUUGAUUCUGGUUUCAUUUUUUUAUUUGAAAUUAGCUCUAACUAACUGUGCUAUUAAAAAAAUUAUUUGAAUUUUUUAAAAUUUUGUAUCCAAGUGCCUAUAGUACUGUUUUACUGUAAGUUAACAAAUUAUGGCUGAGGUCUUAAGCCUAGUAAGUAGCAGCUUAUCAAUUGAGACAAUUGCAGAUAUUUUUUUAACAUCAUAUUCUAAAACAGUUAACGCCAAUAUUAUAUUUAUUGGCAAAAUGCCAAAAUAAAUAAAUGUUGAAAAUGACCAAAGUCAAAGGGUGAUUUUUUUUUUGUGUUUAUUGCACAUCUCUACAAUUUUAAUUUCCAUAAAUUAAAAAUAUUUGGAUCCGCAUCUAUAGUAUUAGUAGUACUUGUGGAUCCCAAUAUUUAUUUGAACAUUAGGCCUAAAGUUUUAAAUGCAGAGGCAAAUACUUUGUGGGUCGGGGGAAAAUCGGCCGGGGAAAUUUCCUGUUGUCAACCUCCGAUGGUCUCUCAACUAAAGCAAGGAUAGACUGUCUUAAAUUUUGAGUCAUGCCACUUUAAACAACUAGAAAAGCCGGUAAAUGUUUAGUUAGCGGCAUGGGUUUCUGCUAAGAGUUUUCGCACCCUCAGCGCAGUGACAUCACUUUGGGGGGUUCAAUACUGGACUUAUGGUGGCAGGACAAACAAUAGUGGACCUGGCCGAUGAGUCCUAUCCUUAACUGAGUGUUAUUUGCUUCAUAAACAGCAUAAUUUGACAAUCGAUAACGUUAAUAUCAAAUAAUGUAAUUUUCCAUUCAGUUUUUUAUAAAAAUUAAACUUUCAAGUUUCAAAAGAAAUAAAAAGAGAAAAUCAUCGUUGCUGAUUACCCCAAGAUGAACACUGGAAAAAAGACAUGGGCUUAGUUAUAAGUAUAAGUGCUUUUCUUUUUUAUUGGUUGAAUAAUAUAAUACUAGGUAGUCCAAACUAAAAUUUUCUAUACAUAGCAGACAUAUGUGGUGAGUUUCACCUUACAGAACUUUUUAUUCUAAGAUAUAGGCCACUUAUUUCAUGUAGAUAUCUCAAUAAACAAAAAAGUUAUGCGAUUUUCAAAUUUGCUGAAAGUCGACCAAAAAUUGAUUUUUUUACCUUGUGAAAAAGUGCCAUGUUUAAGGACCUAUAUUUUCUAAAAUAAUCAACAGAGAAGUCCAGGAAUUGGUGUAUAUGCUCCAAAGUUUACAAUAUUAAAGCCCAAUUUUGUUCAAGCAGCCAGAUCUAAUAAAAAAAUAACGAGAAUGAUUUUUAGUCAUUUUUAUUUUCCGACAGGAAAAGUGUAAAAAUACACAUUUUCAAAAAUUUGUUAAAAUUUCUGUUAUUGCCUUACAUAAAUAUGUCAUACAUCAAAUUAAAGAUAAUUUUAAGCAGAACAACAUGCUGUAUGCCUUAACAUCAUCAAUAAACACUUAAAGGCACUAAAAUAAGUCUAAAAGUACCCACUUAACGUUUUUUUUUUUAUGUGAUUAGAUAAUGCAUUUUAUCACAUAAUUGUGAUAAAAUCAAAGGAAUAUGAUGUCAGAUGUGUUAACUAUUAAUUAAAAGACUAAUUAAAAAAAUAUCAAUGCAGAGUAUUGUCAAAAAUACAAAGCUAUUGAGCAUAAAUUUUAAUUAAAUAGAGAAAUGCCUGGUCUGUCAACUGAGGGGUGACUGGGUAAGCUUCUGUAACCAAUUUGUAAUAUGCUUUUUGGUCUUAUUCCCCAGUAGCUUGAUAAGUACAUUAUCAAAAGCAAUUGUCAACUCUAGCCACAAUGUUGCACCCAGGGUCAUCAUAGGUUUCUCCGCUGUGGAAUGAAGGAUUAAACUUAGAGAGCAUAUAACAUUGUUUUAAGUACCGGUAUUCAUAGGUGUACUAUAAAGACUAAAUAUUGAGACAACUGGGCGAGUCCAUUUCAAUAGGCCUAUAGGUACCGGUAGUACUAGUGAGUCUAAGAUGAAAUAAUAUUGAAACAAUUCUAACUCAGAAAUACGUUUUAUUGAGUUUUAAUAAAUGCUUCAAAAUCUCAUUGUCAAGAUAAGCUUAAAAAUUAUUUUUUUAAUUAUUUUGCUGUGUAUAAUGUUCUAUUCACUUGAAGCCUCCUACCCCAGAUAAAAAUUUACGUCGGUCCACCCCAAUGUUUACUCGCCGGCAUCCAUUUUUAUUUUCUCGAUCGGACAGAAACCCCCUUUGAAAUCAACAAUACGAUCUUUAUUUUAAAAUUAUAUUUAUAAAAUAUAAGAAAGAUCAAACAUUUAGCAUGUCUGCGACAUGUCUAUCAAUUUUUUUUAUCGCUAGACUGUCCUCAAUUAAAUACAUUUGGUCCGAUCUGCAACAUGUCUCCUAGUCAAGUUCACAAUAGCUCCAAUUCGUUAAAAUAAUAUCUAAUAGCUGACGACACCAAAUUAAGUUUAACUCACUUCUAAUCAACAUUUACAUUCACUAAUACAUUAAUAUGAAAAUUUAAUUAUAUUACUUACUUGUUGAUUAAAAGCCCCAACAUGGCUAAAAAUGCACCCGCCAUAAUGCUGGUACUAGUCACCAAGCGCACGUUAGGCGUCUUAGUGCAAGCGGUGUGGAACUGGAAAUGAGGGUGUUUUUUUGUAAACAUCGCCGCUUCGCGAGAAUUAUGCCCACUCAUUUGAUUUCAUGAUAUUAAAUAGUUAAAGACCUGAUCUUUCCAACUGUGUAGGGAACGUCCUAAUAUCUCCAUGUUUUCGUCCAUUUUUUAAUACGAAAGUUUUCAACCGGCUUUUUCAAAAUGAAAUAAGCGAGGUAGAUAUACUUUCUAUGCAUCAAACGAAAGGACAUCAUCUGCUUAAUCAUCUUUCUUAUGGUGGUAGAAUUAUUGCAAUAACUUAAAUACACGCGAAGCCGUGGGCGUUUGAAACACCUUGGGGUAAACUGGUACUCGCGAAAAAUUGGUCAAAACUGAUACUUUUCAAACACAUAAAAAACACUUUCAAACACAUGUUACAGUCAUACAAGUAACACAUUUUGCCAGAUAAAGACUUAAACUUAAUUCAACAUAUAAAUUUUAUUGCUGUAUCGCCACUAGAAGAUAUUUUUUUGAAAACUUCGAAAAAUGACCCUAAAUCGCAUUUUUGCUUAAGUUUGGACUACCUAAUAAUACAUAAAUUUUUUUAAUUAAAAAUUUAAGUUAAAAAAUAAAUAACCCACCCACAAGAUCUAUGGUACUUAUAAGUACCAUUUCUCUAUAGUCGGACUGCAGAGAGCUAAAGGAUUAAGUAUAGAGAGAACCGAAUUCUCGAUUAAAUUGAUAAAACUACGGUAACAAGCAAGCCUUAGUCACAACCAAAAACUUUUUAAGUUUGGUUAUAAUGUUUUAUUAAUUUAAAACUUUUUAGAAUUAAUCAGAUGGUAAGGGAUUCCACAAUAACGAAUCACUUAAUAAUUGACAGUGAUUAGAGCAAAAUACGGCAUCUCGGUUGUACAAAAUUAACUAUCGGUUUGGUGACAUUUUGUUUUUACACCAACACCCGCCGGCUUAGGGAGCCCAUAACUUUUUUUUGGAACGUUGAAAUUAAAUAACAUAAUAAAGUUUAACCUUAUAAAUAGAACGUAGCUUCUAUUAAACUAAGCCACAUUUUUAUUUAUUAACUAACAUAGGAGAGUAUAUUUAUGAUAUAUAUAUAUGCUCAUUGGGUGGUUAUAACCCUGUCAGUGACACACACAAAAAUUCGUAGAAUAUUAAUUUCAUAGAAUCACUGUAUCACAAAAACUGAUAGGUCACUGUUUCCGAGUCUCUUAUUAUAUUGACCGAAAUCUGUCAUGACACAACAGACAGCUGUAUAAUGGUCAAUGAUCUACCAUUAUGACAGUUAUAGGGUUAAAACAAAUUAUAAAUUAUCCCUGCGUUGAGACACAUUGCACUGUCACAAAUGAGAAAAAACUAUCAACCUGUACUUAAUCUGUUCAAGUUCAUUUGUGAUUAGUUUCACUUUUGUAAUCCAUUUUAAAUUUUCUUCUUAGGUUAUCAUGUCAGAAGGAUUUGUUGUGAGGCUUCGUGGUCUGCCAUGGUCCACCAAGGCAGAUGAAGUGGUUCAUUUUUUGAGAGGUAGUUUUUGAAAUGCUAUGCGUGACUUAACUAUAUCCACGUCAAUUAAUUUCUUUUUGAUACACACAACGCAGACAUAUCAUAGCAAGAAAAAUUCAUUAAUUCUCACCUCUGCUGCACACUCAUUCUAACAUGUUAUCUCCUCCCUAAUAACUAAUCACAGCUUUCAGAUCAAACUCAUUGUAGUUUUUUUUUAAACUGAUAAAUAGCAAUUUAGUCAUUAAGAUCAACAGAUGCUGAUUUUUGGUAGCAGUUCUGGUGUAAUUUAAUUGGUGAUCGUUCAUAAUUUAAUUGUUAGUUGAAAUGGCCUGAAUUGAAAUAAAUAUCUUUCUUUACAUACAAAAUUUUUGUGAUUACUGCUUUUUGACCAUUGAGUUUCACCGUUUCAUUCAUAAAAUGUUUGUAUGGAAGGUUUAAAUCUUGAAUUUUAGGUGAUUUUUUGUGUGUAAUAAAUACUGAUGAAGAUAAAUUUUAUACGCAAAGUAACCAGAUCGGCAAUAUAUUGCUGAAGGAAGUUUGAAGUUGUGAAUCAUUGUAAAAUGGUUAUUUUAUUAUAUUUUUUUUAAAUACUUAUGCCGCACACACAUUUCGUUUUGGGAAAUUACAAAUUCAUUUGUUUGCCUAACUUUCAUUUAAUUACAUUUUAUUUUAAGAAUGCAACAUUGCUGGUGGAGAAGAUGGUGUUCAUUUCACAUAUUCUCGGGAAGGAAGACCUAGUGGUGAGGCAUUUGUUGAGCUUGAAUCUGAGGAAGACGUCACCAAUGCUCUCGCUCAGAACAAUGAGCAUAUUGGCAACAGAUAUAUUGAAGGUUAGCUAAUCAUUUUGAAAAACAUAACUUAGAUAUUUAAAAAUUUGAUCAUUUAAAAAUUAUUAUAAUAUGAAGCAGUCAAGUCCCAAAGCAAACCACAGAUAGGUAUUGUGCAGUUACAAAAGUUGAGUUAUGUACGUAAAGAAUUAUCAUUUUUACUAUGCGUUGACAUAGUUAAAUUAUAAAUGAAUUACGCUUUAAUUUUAAUUUAAUUUUUUUUUGUUUAAAGUUUUCAGAGUGGAUAAAUCUGAGAUGGAAUGGAUGAUAAAAAGAGCUGGGGCUAGUGUUGCAGGGGGUAUGGCUGAAGCUGUUGUGAAACUAAGAGGUUUGCCAUUUGGCUGUUCAAAAGAGGAAAUAGCUCAGUUUUUUACAGGUAAUGGCCUUAUAUUAUUUUGUGAUGUAUUUUUCUCUUGAGUUUAUUAUUGUGCUACAAAGGAAUAAGUAAAAACAAAAAAAUUAAAAAUCUAUAAAAUUAAAUGUAGUAUAUCAUAUGUGGAUCUGUUUUUUUUUCAUUCUGAAGAAACAAUAGUUUUUACAAAUGAGUUAUUAAAGGGUAGAUAUCAUUCUUUUUUACUGAUUACAUUUAUGGUACAUAUGGUUCUUUUUAGCCGAUUACACCCUGUACAUUAUAUCACUUAUUAACAAUGUCUGUUUUGGGGUCAUGCAACAUUAUUUUAUUUUUUUUAGCAUUAGAAAAAUAUUUAAAUUAUUACAAAUCAUUAGCAGUGAUAAUUAAGAAACUUUUACAAUUUCAGCAUAUAGAUAUUUUUUAACAAUUUCCAUUAGUAAAACUAGAAAAAUAAUUACUCGUUACACACCUUAACAGUGCAGCCUUGAUUACUUUCUGUACUUGUUCCAUUAUUAUUAUGGUUAGUAGUGUGUGCUAUCGCCCUGAAUGUUUUCUUUGACAUAAUUGAUUACAUGUUGUCAUCAAGUUAAGGGCUUUAAAUUAAUUUAAUCAAUUAAGAUUAUUCUCACAAAAAGGGUGUAAUGGGUUAAGACAUAUAUAUAUAUAUAUGCUCAAAUUAAAAUUUAGAGUUUAAAAAAAAAAAAUUUAAGAUAAUAUAUGUAGAUUAUUUGUCUGGGUUGUCUUAGUCUAUGUAAUUAUAUUGUAUAAUCUGUAAUAAUCCUAAACAUUUUUUUACUGAUUCCUUCUCUCUUUGCCCAAUGGUUGGGUGGGGGUUAUAGGGUUGGAGAUAGUUCCAAAUGGAAUUAUGCUCCCUGAAGAUCGUCAGGGGAGAAGCACAGGGGAGGCAUUUGUACAAUUUGCAACGCCAUCAAUAGCAGAGAGGGCUUUGGAAAAACACAAAGAAAGGAUAGGUCACAGGUGGGGUUUUUACAGGCAUCUUAAAAUGGUUGGUCAUGUAUAAAAAAUGUCAUGCAAGUUUAUUGCCUUGUCCUAUUGCUCACAAUGAUCUGUAAGUAUGAUUAGAAUGGCAGAGGUGAUUUGAAGAUUGGAAAAUGGAUUUGCGCAAACAGAAGAAAAAAACAGCAGAGUCCUGGCAUUAGAUAUCGAGAGAAUGUCUUGGUGUCAAGUGCUUUUUAAUUAUUCCUUCAUUCUGUCUAUGUAGCUGAUUAGUUAUUUUCGCUGGAAAGAAUCUUCAUGCUUUGAAAUUUGUGAUAGUGUAACAUCUUUUAAUGAGCUGAAUACAAUUUUAAGUUUUCAGUAAAAUUAUCUUUGAGGGAUCUUCUUUUUAAAGAGAGUGUUUGCUGACAACUUUUAGAAAAUAAUCACAUGGGAGUGGCAAAACUUGCUAUUGGUGAUCUCAUUAAGAAAAAAAUUCAUCUAAGAUAGCUUAAUGUUUAUUGUAUUGAUAAGCUAUUAUAUAAUAAUGAUCUCACUUCAUCUGAACAAUUACAAAUUAUUACCAUGCUAUUUUGGAUAUUGAAUAGUAGUAGCUAUUUGCAGUAUGGCCAUAACUUAAAUCUUAAAUGAUUAACUUCUUAUGUUUUUAAGUGAGGUUAGCAAAAUAGUUUUACUUUUUGUAUGACUAUGUCAUUUUGAUUUUUAUAUAUUUUUUAUUUCAAAAUGCUUUCUUAUCGUAUACCUAGAUACUUACCGGAAAUAGUUUUCAUAGGAACUAGUUCUAAUUAAAAAUCAAUAUAAGUCUGCUUUGGUUCAAAAUAUUUAUGUCCCCGUGACAUAAUAAAAAUUCAAGACUUACUUAAUGUAUCCGCGUCAAUUUUGUAACUCCACAAUUUUUACACUGAAGGCUCAAAUGACGCUGAUACAAGGAAUGAUGCAUAUUGGAGUUAAUGCAUUUAAAUAGCAAAUUUCAAAACUGCUAUCUGAUUUGUAUUUUUAAACUUUUUAAAUAUUUUAUUUAGGUAUAUUGAAAUCUUCAAAAGUAGCAUGUCAGAAGCUAAUGCAGCAGGUGGUGGAAUGCGUGGAGGUAUUCGUCCUUUAAUGGGUGGAGGUAUGCCUGCUCGGCCCGGACCCUACGACAGGGGUGACCGAUUCGGAAUGGGCAUGGGUAUGGGAGGAAUGGGAUAUGGACGAGGACGCAGUCGUAGCCUCAAAGGUGAGAGGAUUUUCUAAACAUUUAGACUCGCAUUCCCUUACAUGGUACUAUUAGUACUCACUUUUUUUUUUUUUUUUUUAUGGGUUUUUUUUUAGGACGCAGUCGUAGCCUCAAAGGUGAGAGGAUUUUCUAAACAUUUAGACUCGCAUUCCCUUACAUGGUACUAUUAGUACUCACUUUUUUUUUUUUUUUUUUAUGGGUUCUAUUUUUUUGAUGCUACCAUUUUCUGUAGGGUAACCUGUCAUGUUAGUUCAGUGGUCGGCAAACUCAUUAGUCAAAAGAGCCAAAAAUCAGGACGAUUACAAAAAAUUUGGGACCUAAAUUACUUUUCAAGAACCAUGUUUUUGGCAGUCAAUGCCUAUUUGUGGAUGACUGGCCGAACCACACUCUGGCCUCUAACGAGCGGCAUGAAGCUCACAAUUUGCCGUCCACUGUGUUAGUUGAUUAUUUAUAUCUAUGUGAGUCUUAAGUUUGCAGAUAGAUGUUAAUUUCUUUACUCUUGUGUCCUAGGCUUGUAUGAUGAUGACUAUGACGACUAUGGAUUUGGAGGAGGAAUGGGCUUUGGAAUGAGGCGUCGUGGUGGUGGAGGUGGAGGUGGCGGCAGCAUGGGUAUGAUGCGAGGUGGCAGAGGCAUGGGAAUGGACAUGAUGGAUCGUAGAGGCAUGCAGCCUGGAGCAUGUUAUGUCAGUAAAACUGGUCAUUCAGUCCACAUGAGGGGUCUUCCUUUUCAAGCUCUUGAACAAGAUGUGUUUGAUGUGAGUGUCUUCUUUUUUACCUCGAACAGCGGCAUCAACUUUGUUGCUAAUAGCUUUGAUUAGUUCUAGUACUUUUAUAUUUAUUGAUCUAUUUUAUUGAUGUUUGACUGGGUUUUUUGUUUUUCUUUGUCAGUUCUUUUCACCGAUCCAACCAGUUCGCUGUGAAUUUGAGUUCGGUGAUAAUGGGAGACCGACAGGUGAAGCAAACGUAGAUUUCGCCACACACCAGGAGGCUGUUGAAGCCAUGAAGAAGCACAAAACUAACAUGCGUAAGGGAUUUAUUACAAUAAAAAAUAUAGCUGGAAUAGUUACUCUAAUAACAUCCUUUAAAGUUGCGGGUGGUUGUGUAAUAAAAAUUACUUUUACUGUCAGAUGAUGCGUCACCAAUGAAUAUGUAAUUAACAGUGUUAGCUCAAUUUAAUGUAGGUAUAAUUUCUUUACUUAAUAUUUCUUUAUACAAAGCCUAUUUAAAGCAUUAGUAUUAGGUACCCCAAACCAAAUUUUCAAACUAAACUAAUAACAUUUUUGAGUGUUUAAGAUGCAAGAUCUAAGAAUUCUAAGCAUGUGGAUAUUUAAUUUUUGACUUUAUGACCUUUAUUAAGAAAGUUAUGCUAUUUUAAAUUUUUUUCCUCGGGUUACCUUUUAUGAAAUGACAAAGACCCAUAUUCAUGAGUCAUUAUCUUCAAAUGUAUGUCACCUGCACUCAUUUCCUUUACAAUAUUUACACAAUACUAUAUAGAGAACAAACACAAUUUUUUUCAAGAGUAUGGGAAAUCAAAGUUAUGGAAUUUUGUAAAAUUUUCAAAUUUUACCAAGGGAGGCAAAAAAUCACAAAAAUUACCUAUUUUUAAAAAUUCACCAAAAAUGUUGUAAAUUACUCAUAAACAUCAUUGAUAUAUCAAUUUCAAAGAGAAUCAAAGAUCUAUACAAGUAUGCAAACAAGAAGUACUUUAGCCCAACACAUAUUUGACAAAUAGCAAAAUGGUCAAGGGGUGGUAAUUUAUUUCACACUUUUUACACAUUUUUAAAAUUAUACAAAAAAUAAAAAAUAGCAUACUAUAUGUAUGAAAUCUCUUAUAAAGUGAAGAUAAUAGUAGUCUUCAUAUAAAAUAAGCAUACCUGGCACCAUAAAAUAGCAUAGAAUAAUUUAAACAUUUGACAAACGUAGUGUACAAAAAUGUUAUUUUUUAAUAUAUAUUUUUUUCUCAAAACUUGACUUAAAAUCCAAAGGACACAAUAUAAAAUAAGAUAAUAAUAUAUAUUUUACAACUCUUUGAUUUAACAUUAGGAAAUACUCUGUGCAAAAAAAAAAAAUAUCUUCAAUAGCAAAGGAAAGAAGAAAAAAAAUGUUGCAAAUUUGUAAGUACAGACUGGAUGGGUACAUCACUUUAAAAAAUCAAUUUACAUACCGGCAUUACUUUCUUCUGAAAAUGCAUUUUGAGUAAAUUAGAUAUAUGGAUAAUAUCAUCACUUAAUUUUAAGUUAUUAGAUUUAGUAAUAAGCUUCUUUAGAAUAGAAAAAUAAUAUCAAUGCCACCAUUCAAAAAGUACCGGUAAUUCAAUGGUCUCUUUGUCUGUAGAUUUAAAAAAAACAACCUUUGUAAAAAUCAAUAAAACAGACAUUUAGUACUCCCUCUGACUUAACUGACUGUGCUGUUGACACUUCAAGUGUAAAGUUGAUUAAUCUCUUUGUUACGGUACUCCAAAAGAAGACUCAUGAAAUCUAUACUGGGUAUCCAAAGUUUGGCUCAGGAAAACUGUCAUGUUCAAAUCUUUGUGGUCAAUCAAUUCCCUCAGAACUUUUUCAACCAUGGGUCAGAUCUUAAAUCCUUCUGGGAUUUGAGCAAACCAGGAUUCCAGCUAAAAUAGGAAUUAAAAACGAAAUGCAUGAACAUAAUUUAGUUUUGAACAAGGAUACUAUUACUUUAAAAUUAAAUAGUUGCAAUAACUUUCAAUAAGAAGUUAGUGUUAUGAUCUUAACUUUUUACUGCCUUUAAUAUCCCUACGCAACAAAACUCACCAUACCAUAAAGCUCAACACCAUGAACCAACUUCACAACCUACAACUCACAAAACAUUCUUCCCCUAUCAAACAUUCAGGCUUCUAAAUCUAGUUUAAAAACAGUAAGUACCUGCUCCCAUGACAUGAUGUGUAAUUUGCUUCACAACAGAAGCAAUGGCAACAGUGUGUUGUCUAUAAUAAGAUGGGGCAAAGCUAUCUUCUUUCUUUUCCAUUAGCCAGGAAUGUUUUUGUAAGGCAUCAUACAGUUCACCAGCCAGCUGUAGAAUAUAGAAUACACACAAUUUAUAAAUUGAAACAUUUUGACAGCUUUUUUCCUUCAAAUUUCAAUUUAAUUAAAUAUUGCUAGUGUGGACAUGACAUUGAAAUUAUAUAUAUAUAUAUAUUUAUAAAUAUAUAUUUAUAUAUAUAUAUUUAUAUAUAUAUUAUAAAUAUAUAUUUAUAUAUAUAACAAACUUAAAAAUUUAAAUUAUAUAUAUUAAAGUUAAUUAUAAUAAGCAAUCUUCAUUUAUUACUCUUAAGUCUUAGAGCACCACCACUCAACUUUUCAGUUUGAAAUUGUUUUCAUUACCAACGCAAUAAAAAAAUGUCACGUGACCCUUUCUUAAACUUAAAUUGCACGUAGUAACACAAUUUUUUAUAAAAAAUAUUCAAAAAUAAUAAUAAUUUGAAGUAUCAUCUACAACUUAAAGUAUUAUUUUGUUUGAUAAAAUGAGGAAAAAAAUAGAUUCAAAUUUAAAGAUGGGUGGGGUCAAUUUACUUCAUGAUGCUGAAAUGGCCGUAAAAUUCGCGAAGUGGGGGUAAACACAAAAGUCAGUAAAAUAAUAAUAUUUCAAACAUACAUGAAAAAAGCAUAUGAACGGAAUUUUUAAACCAAUAAUUCACCAUAUUAUUUAGGUUUUACAUACCUGCUAAGCGUAGAAGAUCCGAUAAAGCGCAAUUUUCUGUAUCGACUGUCGAGUGAGUCGGCCAUUUUUUUUUAGCUUCAGUCCAUGCCGCGAUAGAUCGGUACAAGGAAAAUUUAGAGGUUCUGUUUGGAAAAUUGCUGCGGUCUCGCGAUACUUCAUAUUUUACCAUUGUUUUCGUAUUUUUAUGUAGAAAUGGACCAGCAAUCUGCCCAUAAAAUUUAAAUAGCUGAAUUGGUCUUAAAUCCUAUAGAAAUAUCAUUUUUUUACAUUUCUAGUAUAUUAAAUACAACUUUAUAAAUACUAGCUUAAAGGUUAUUCACUGCUGCAUGCAUUAGACACAAUUCCGAGGUCAUUCUAUAAAUAGAGGCAAAGCUAAACGCGAUUGCCACCGAGGGGGGUAAAAACGAUCUUUUAAAAUACCGCAAAAACUCGAUGCGAUGAUGUUUUUCAAACCACAAAAAAAUUUACUAACACCAAUACAAAAAUAAACAUCAUAUUCUUAAAGUGCUUGAAUCAAUCUUUUAAAUGGUAUCAUUUUUAUUAGUAUGCAUGGUACAAUUGUAAGAAAAUAUGUUGAUGGAAGUUGUCUAAAAUGUAAAAAAAAAAAAAAAAAAACGCUGCUUCUCAGCGGUUUGGAGUACCUAUUAGUAACCUGUUUUCCACUUAAUAUUAUUAUAAUGUUUAAUGGUUAUAAUUUUACUGAGCCUUGCUAAAUGUUUGAUACUUUCAGAACAUCGUUACAUUGAGUUGUUCCUUAAUUCUGAACCAAACAUGCGGAGCAACAUUGGUGGUGGCGGAGGAGGCGGCUACGGCAAUGGUCUGGGUGGGGGAUUUGGUGCCGGCAACAUGGGGGUUGGCAAUGGCUAUAACGAUGACAUUGGCGGUGUUGGGUUUGGCCAAGGAGGCAAUUCAGGAUCUGGCUUUGGAGGUGGUUAUGGUGGUGGUCAGUCUCAAUCAUCAUUUGGAGGAGGACAAGGUGGAUUUGGAAAUCAAGGAUCUGGAUUUGGCAGUGGAAGUGGCUUCGGUGGUGGUGGUGGCGGCGGAGGAUUUGGCAGUGGAGGUAGUAGUAUUUAUUGUACCUUACAAAACAGUUAAAAAAAAAAAAAAAAAAAAUUUUUUUUAAUGAUUUCAACGUUGAAUAAUGAAAAUUGCUUGCUGGUGUUGUAUUUAUGAUUGCCUACUUGUCCAGGUGAUAACUGUUGUUUUUUUUUUGUUUUUUUUGCAGGAUCCAUGAACAACUAUGAUAUGGGUGGAGGCUAUGGAGAUGGAAUGGGUGGUGGUGGAGGAGGUGGCAGGAUGAUGGGCAAUAACUACACUGCUUUUUGAGUGAAGUGUUGUGAAGACAUGAAGGAUUUUGUUGUAUGUUACAUUUUUAACCCUUUUUUCAGCAGCGCUUCAUUUGAACGUAUAUUAAAUAAUCAUUAGCAGCAAACUCACUUUUCUUUGAUGAAGUAUAAUGUGAGGUGACAGGAGAGGUUUCAACAAAAAUCUCAUUACUAUUUCAUGUGAUUGGUUUCACAUCUGAUGUAUAUUUUGCUCUGUGAUCUGGUGAAUCUGAGAGAUCACAUGCAAAUUAAAAUGUUUAAGAAUUAACAGAAUAUUCAAAUUUACACAGAACUUUUUUUUUUCAUAGGGUAAGUUUGAAUAGGUCUCAUUUCAUUAAUAAUUUUUAAUACCUGGUCUUCAAUAUCUCAAAGCUAUUUGCAAUUCAUUUUUAUUUACAUAGUCAAACGAUUUCAUUGUAGAAUAUUUUGCUUUGUAAAAAAAGAUAAUAUUCAUUUUGGUAGUGUAUCAUUUCAGGAGUAAUCAAUCCAUUUUGACAGAUGUUUUUUCCUGGCAUUUUAACUGUCUUUUUAAUUCCCGUGUAUGUUUAACUGUUUUUUUUUAAAAUCUUAAGACAGUUUGAGAGUUUGGACAAAUAGUAUGUGUAUGUGGUACCUAGUGUUCUAAAGCCUUGUUUGUGGUAGCACUUUGAUUGUACGAUUGAUUUUAAUUCAAUUCAUUGUCAUUUUAUACCAUCAGCUCAUCUUUGAUAUUGUAAACAAAAUUUAUAUUGUCCCAUGAAGUCAUUGUAAAUAAAAAAAAUCAUAACAUUUAAAAA